AAGUAGAUAUCCACUCGGAAUUCGUAUCAUACCAUUUGAAAAUUGUACAACGCGCGUCUGUGUGUCAGCUUCAAUGCGCUUCUGGAGCCGAAGUCACUCCCAUACAAGUACCUACAUGACAUGUUCGUGGCUUAUAUCCCAAGAAAUUGGCCUAUACAGGACUAUAUUGCUUACACAUUGGGCCGUAACCGUUGUAUUUACUAAUUACUGAGUCGACAUUGUGGCGAAUUUGUUUACAAUUGACACCAUGACUUCAGGUGAUGAAUCAACUGAAGAACCGGUUACUUUCAAGAGUUGGGAUGAUGUUGUAACGUAUGCUCGUGCUAAUAUUUCCGGUGGUCUUGAGAAAUACCAGGUACCUUCGGACGUUCCCAUAUAUGCUAGUUUGGUACCUCAUAUAAUUGGCACCGACCUCAAGAUAGACAAGACGCCUUAUGAGGAAAACCUUGAGGAGGCUCAGCCUGGUGUGCCAUCUGCGUAUUACUAUCGUCUUCCUCAUCAUGAGUUGAUCGCUCUAUCCGCAUGUGCAGACAAGGAAUGCACCGUGCUUAACUUCCAAAAGCGGGAGCGACGUCCACCUCGGCGUCCCAAGCAAGAAGACGCACGCCAGAGGCACGGUGACUCUCACGAUGAAGGUCGCCACCAUGGUAACCUGGUACCUUUUGAGCCACAGCUACUACCCAUUCACAUUCCUGGUGGCGACGAACCCAUAGAGCAAUAUCCCCGUAGGGGUAACGGUCACGAUCAAAGAAUCGCACCUCCCCCGUUUCCAAAGCAGAGCUUUUAUUCUGGAGAGCAGGGCCAUCACAGGGAUGGGUAUGAUAUGCAUCCAGGUCCUAGACCCGGUUUAUCUGAGGCUCAGCAGCAGUUGAUAACUCAGGGGCUGAAGGCUAGGUCUGGCGUCAGUAGCACCCGCUGGAUGAAUCCCAAAGCUACUGAUGGUAUAUUUUCUUUGGGUAGUCUUAAAGGGGAUUCGCCACGCGAAGGCGCCGCUGGUGGCGGUGCUUUAACUAGUUUGGGUCAGAUGAUUCAGAAUUUACAUUUGAAGAAACACGGUGCAGUAAAGGAACACGGCGACGUGAUGAACAUAUCUACUCGGGAUGUGUCUAACUUUACUUUUGUAGACGACGAGUCCAGCAGCUCUCUUAAGAGUUCUCAAUUUAGCAAGUUUUUUCGUAAAUCGGACUCCCGCAAUAAUGAAGGCACUUCCACUUUCCCUCAUGGAACGGAUAGUUCCACACGUCCUGUUAAUGUAGACGAUGCGAAAAACCGCGAACGUGCAAGUCAGUUAUUUCAGCAAAUGGUUGAGCGUAAGUCAUGAUUGAGUCACACACUACCUUGAUUCCGCAACAUUGCUGGACACACUUUUAAUGUUCAAUAG